AUGGCGAACACAUCGUACGGCAACGAGAAACGAGUGGGCGAGUUCAACGACACCAUCGCUGCGCAUUCGCCCAAUGCGUCCCUGCCCGACGCGGACACGAAGGAAGCAGUGCUUGAAGCGCGCGAGGUCUUCCACGAUGACACGGCUGGGGGCGUCAAGUUCCGCACGGUCAGCUGGCAGCGCGCCACGAUCAUCUUCCUGAAGAUCCAGUUCGCGAUGAGCAUCCUCGCCGUGCCGGGCGCGCUGGCCACGCUGGGCGCCGUCGGCGGCGCGCUGAGCAUCGUCGGCUGGGAGAUCCUGAACACCUACACGGCCGUCAUCCUGGGCGACUUCCGCAACCGCCACCCGGAAUGCCAUACGCUCGCAGACAUGUGCGGGCUCCUCUGGGGCCGCGUCGGCAAGGAACUGGUCGGCCUGCAGAUCCUGGUGGCGCAGGUCAUCAUCACGGCCGCGGGGAUCGUGUCGUGCUCGACGGCGUUCAACGCGCUCUCGGAACACGGCGCCUGCACCGUGGUCUUCAGCUUCGUGUCGGCCGUGCUGAUCACCAUCUUCUCGAGCGUGCGGACGUUCUCGCGCCUGGGAUGGCUCACGUGGCUGGGGUUCGUGACGUUCUUUGUGGCCGUCUUCAUUUUUGUGGUUGCCGUCACGCAGCAGGACCGCCCCGCCGCGGCGCCCAAGACGGGAGACUUCGACCUGGGGUGGGUGGCCAUCAACCACCCCGGGUUCGUCGCGGGCAUCACGGCCAGCGCCAACAUCUUCAUCAGCGGCAGCGGCAGCCAGAUGUACCUGCCCGUGGUCUCGGAGAUGCGGCGGCCCCGCGACUACCGCAAGGCCGCCAUCGUCGCAGGCAUCCUCGUCGGCGCCAUGUAUCUGACCUUCUCACUUGUCAUCUACCGCUGGUGCGGCGUGUACCUGGCUACACCCGCCUUCGGCAGCGCGGGCACCCUGUUCAAGAAGAUCUCCUACGGCAUCGCGCUGCCGGGCCUGGUCAUCGGCGUCGGCAUCUACCAGCACGUGGCGGCAAAGUUGAUCUUCGUGCGCGUCCUGCGCGACUCGUCCCAUCUGCAGGCCAACACCGUCGCCCACUGGGCCACCUGGCUCGGCAGCAAUUUGAUCCUCGGCAUCUUGGGCUUCAUCAUCGCCGAGGCGGUGCCUAUUCUGAAUUACCUGCUGGGUCUGGCGGGCGCGCUGUGUUUCGCGCCGUUCAGCUUGAUUUUCCCGGCCAUGCUGUGGAUGUAUGACUUCAAGGGAUACCGCAAGGGCAGCGGAUGGCAGAAGGCGGCUUUUGGAGCCCACGUCCUCAUCGUGCUGGUCGGUCUGUUCAUGGUCGUCGGUGGAACUUACGGUGUUGCUGUCUCGAUCAGAGAUGCCUUUGCCAGCGGCUUGAUCUCCAAGGUGUUUGACUGCUCAGAUAACUCGGGGACAAUUUCCUAG